AUGAUACAUGGGGACGAGGGAAGAGGCCGCAACAAGUCCCCGUUGAUGGUGAUAUCAGUUCAACCUUUAGUUGGCUGGAGGGGACCAAACUAUCUCAACAUGUCUUCGCAUUCUAUGACAACAAGAUUACUGUUCACGGUGGUUCCCUCGCGAAUGUAUGCCAAAGAGCAAACCCUGGAUACUCUUCAUCGUGCCUUGGCCGACGAUCUGCUGAAGCUCCACAACGAAGGCCUCGAA